AUGAACACUGUACCAUUGGUUACAAUCAAUUACAUUGCUGUAACUAAUUGCCGAAAAACUAUUGUAUUGAUAAAUGACCUUCACGGUAAUAGGCCACUGCUGAAUUUGAAGUGCGACGUUGCUCAUACCAUCAUGGACUCUUCACAUCCUAUGGACCCGAUAUCACCGGUGAUAAGAAAGUCUGAGAAUGACUCACGGAAUUAUAAAGUUAUGCUGUUGCGAAACAGAAUGAAAGUGCUUCUCAUAAGUGAUCCAAACACAGAUAAGUCUGCAGCAUGUUUGUCUGUUAACAUCGGUUCACUGUCAGAUCCAAAAGAACUGCCAGGCCUCGCACAUUUUUGUGAGCAUAUGUUAUUUCUUGGCACAGAGAUGUACCCCAUAGAAAACACCUACAUGAAGUAUGUAUCUGAACAUGGUGGUCAAUCAAAUGCAUCCACAAAAGCCGACGAAACAGAUUAUGUUUUCAAUAUCGCUCCUGAGUAUCUCGAAGAGGCGUUGGAUAUCUUUUCUCAAUUUUUUAUCUCUCCGCUAUUCACAGAAUCUGCAACAGAACGAGAGGUUAACGCUGUACAGUCAGAAUUUGAGAACAAUAUUAGUAGUGAUACCAGACGUCUUUUUCAACUUGAACGUACUUUAUCAAAAACUGGUCAUGAUUAUGCGAAAUUCUUCUCAGGGAAUCGAUACUCUUUAUUUCAGUCAAGUUCUGCACAAUCUGUGAAUACACGUGAACAACUUCUAAAAUUCCAUUCAACUUGGUAUUCGGCAAAUAUUAUGGGAUUGGUUGUUCUUGGAAAAGAGUCCUUAGACGAUUUAGAGAAACUUGUUGAGAAAAAGUUUUCUGAGGUUGUUGAUUGCAAUGUUACUCCACAAUCAUGGAAUGAAACACCAUGGCCUGAAACAUGUCUCAAGAAAAAGGUAUUCGUUGUCCCAGUAAAUGAUGUUCACCAAAUGUAUAUAAUGUGGCCUAUUCCUGACUACAUACCAAAGUAUAAAGCACAAGCACCUAAUUAUGCAGUUCAUUUACUUGGAAAUGAAAGUCGUGGCAGUUUACUAAGCUUAUUCAAAAAAUUGGGUUGGGCAAGUCGAUUAUCUUGUGGUGUUAGCAGACCAGGAGCAGGGAUUUCUUCGUUAAUUAUAUCGAUUGAUUUAACUUUAGAAGGACUUGAAAAUACUGAUGAGAUUAUUAAAAACAUAUAUCAGUUCAUUAGUAUGCUACGUGCUGAUGAGCCGAAAAAGUGGAUAUUCGAUGAGGAACAGGCUAUAGCUGAGUUGAAUUUUCGCUUUAAAGAUAAAGAACCACCUUAUCAGUAUGUAGCAGAACUAGCUGGCAAUCUAUUACGUUACGAAAUGCAAGAUGUCCUCUCAGGUCCUUACUUGGCAAGUGUCUAUGACCCCGAACUAAUUAAGGAGGUUCUGAAUUGUUUAACUCCAGAUAAUAGUAGAGUAUUCAUAGUUAGUGCGACCUUUUCAGACAUAUGUGUUAGUGAAGAACCUUGGUAUUUAACCAAAUACCUUUGUACUGAUAUACCUGAAGAAACCUUAUCAACAUGGCGAAAUUGUUCCAUGAAUCCUGACUUAGCAUUUCCGGAGCCGAAUAGAUUCAUUGCCACAGAAUUCAGUUUAGUGCCAAGAUGUGCACCACCAUAUCCUGAGGUCCCUGAAUUGCUUUUGGAUACAGCAAUGACUAGAAUCUGGUAUUUCCCAGAUAAUGAAUUUAAUCUUCCCAAAUGUCAUAUAGCAUUUCAUUUAGUCAGUACAUUGGCAUCUCAAGAUCCUUUGAAUACUUUACUUUCUUCACUUUAUGUGAAGCUGUUUGAAGAUCACAUUAAUGAACUUUCCUAUUCUUGUCUGCUUGCUGGUAUGUUUAUCGAUAUGAAGCGUACUAUUGAGGGUAUCAAGUUGUCAUUUUCCGGCUAUUCGCAUAAAAUGAAGAGUCUUGUAGACGAGGUUUUAACAGAACUAGUCAACUAUCAUGAACCAAAAAAGGAACGUUUCGAAUGUCUUCGUGAAGAUCUAUCCCGAGAAAUAGGCAAUUUCAAAAUGAAAGCACCUUAUCAACAAACAGGUGUUUAUUUAACAAAUAUUGUCUCUGAUCGUUCUUGGAUUAAUGAUGAUUUUAUGAUUAUCUUUAAAGAUGUUACAUAUGAAGCCUUGGUUGAUUAUAUCAAACGGUUUUAUCAGCGCAUUUUUAUUGAUGGCUUUAUCUAUGGAAAUGUUUCUGAAGAGGAUGCAAUAAUUUAUCAAGAAAAUCUUAGAGAUUUAUUAACGCAGAAAUUGGGUGCUAAGCCGCUUUUACCAUCUCAGAUCACAACAUCAAGAGAAGUUAUAAUUCCUGAAGAUUCCAGUUAUCGUUAUCAGCGUUUUAUUUCUGGUCAACCAGCAUCUGCUAUUUCUUAUUAUCUUCAAUGUGGAGAUCAGUCAACACGCAGUGAUACACUGCUUAAUUUGUUCUGUCAAAUUGUAGGCGAGCCGAUUUUCAAUAUUUUGCGUACAGAACAACAAUUAGGGUAUAUUGUGCAUUCUGCACCUAGAAGAUCGAAUAAAUUACAUGGCUUUCGUGUUUUGGUGCAAUCACCCCAUCAUCCCAAUAAACUUGAUCAAUCUAUUGAAGAAUUUCUUCUAACUGUAAAUAAUAUGCUAGAGAGUAUGUCUGAUAAAGAAUUCGAUGUUCACGUACAGUCACUUUUAACUCAUUUACUAGAAAAGCCCAAAGGCAUGUGUGAUCAGUUUUCGCGUCUAUGGUACGAAGUGUCUUCUAGACACUAUAAUUUUAAAAGAUACUUUCAUGAAGCCGAAUUACUGAAGUCACUUACAAAGGAAGAUGUUAUCAAAUUUUUCAAAAGUUAUAUUGAUCCAACAUCAGUUACACGGAGAAAAUUGACCGUUCAAGUGGUUUCAUGUGAUAAGUUCGAUGUGGAGACGGAAUCUUAUAGUCAUGAUCCAAAGGUAAUAGAUUUAAAAAAUCAUUCUGAACUGAAACGUUCUUGUCCUUUAAGUGGCGUGUCACCGCCAUUCAUGACGUUGAAGCCUAAAAUUUCAGGGAAUGUAUCUGAGUCUUAUUGA